GGUUCAACGCAACGUGGCAUGUCCAGACAUCCAAAUAAAAUAAAAAAUGUAAACAUGGAAAUGGAUACAGUUAUCUUUCACAGACACAAAAUAUCGCAAAUGAUAGAUAUAGAGACAUGAUUGAAAUUAUGUGGCAGAUGAACUUUGACUGCGACUGGCUGGGUGGAAGCGCUUUGAACAGAUGUGAACUGUACUGAAUCAUUCUCCUCUCAACAUAAAGAGUGGUCAUCAUGGACCCCAGAAGUUACCACUGGAACGAGCCAGGCCCUGGUCGUCACCCACAGAGACCCAGGGAAAGAGAGGACUACCAUAGGCCUGCUCACCCUCACCAGGGGACUGGAACCGGGCACUACCCACCAGCACCAAAUGUUGGGGACGCUAUCACUGAGCACUACCCACCACCACCGGACCCCAGGGAGAGGGAGAGGCAGUGGUCCCACCAGGACCCUCGCUACAGGGUCUACCUCACCAGCCCUCCCCCUUCCAGACCACCUCUAGAGUUCUCACACAGCUCUUACAGCACUCCCCACUCCAGAACAGCUUACGACAGACCCCAUUCCACGAUGGGUUACAUCAGACCAGAGCCACAACACUCCAGACCCCACUCAAGGCAAGCAUAUGACUACCCACCCCAGAUUUACUGGGACCAUAGUCAGGACUAUGGCUACUAUGACCAGGGCUAUUACAAAGGACAUUACCCAGAUGCAGGUCAAUGGCCUCCCCAGGAACAGUGGAGAUCUGACCAGUAUCAGGAGAGGAGAUAUGAGCAGGACCAGACUGGCAGUGGCUACCGAGAACAACAAAGGUAUGACCAGCGAAGAGCGAGCUCUCAGCAUGACUUCAGAGGCUCUGAUGAAGAUCGUUCUAAAGAGAAUGGGGAUGCUGGUGGAGAUGACUGCUGUUUUGCCGAAGGGGCUCUGGCCAUCUCCAAGGCCUCAGGCUUGUCCUCCAGUAGCUAUGAGUUGAGCCAGUACAUCAACGGUGCUGAACAGAAUGACCCUGCCCCACAAACCACCUGGAGCACAGCAGACACAGAGUAUGCAGCUAUUCCCCAGGUGACUGCCCCUCUGAAAUACACUUUGCCCCAUGCUCUGGUCAGCUUUGGUCCAGCCGGACAGUUGAUCCGGGUCAGUCCUGGUCUGGCCAUGCAGGGAGACCCAGGGAAGGUGGAACUACACAGUCUCGAGAUCAUUCUGGGGGAAACACAGGAGCAGCAGGACAUGAGAGAAUUUCCUGGGCCACUGGCUAGGGAAGACCUGCACAAAGUAGAUGCCAUCUCUUUUGCCCACCAGAAGGCAGAAGCCUGCAUGAAAGAUGAAAAACUACAAGACAAGGGCUCUGCCGCCCUCCUUUGGAAUCUACUGGUACUGCUGUGCAGACAGAAUGGACGUAUCGUUGGUUCAGACAUAGCAGAGCUGCUGAUGAGGAACUCUCAGGGCCAUGGUGGUUCAGGGGGAAGUGAAUCAGAGGCCCCUACACUCAUAGACCUGAGUGAGGGACCCAGUCCUGAGACAGACCCCUUGGAUGGAGCAGAUCUGUUGACAGGGACAGCCACUAGUGCCUGUACGGCUGAGUCCACAGAGAAGGACAUGCAGGGAUACACCAAGCUUCUCCUGGCUGGACGGAAGAAGGAGGCCCUCGAGUCGGCCAUGAAGAGUGGACUGUGGGGCCACGCCCUGUUCCUGGCCAGCAAGAUGGACAACAGGUCCUAUACCACUGUGUUGAACAGGUUUACAGGCCAGCUAGCUCCCAACGACCCCCUACAGACCCUGUUUCAAAUGCUCUCUGGAAGGAUCCCUGCUGUUUCCACGUGCUGUGGAAGUGACAAAUGGAGAGACUGGGAGCCUCACCUGGCCGUCAUGCUGUCCAAUGAGACGGGAGAUCCAAUCGGGCACCAGAAGAGCAUCAUUACCAUGGGAGACACGCUAGCCUCCAGAGGGCUGUUACAUGCUGCUCAUAUCUGCUAUCUGACAGCUUACGCUCCUUUUGGCGUCUACACAGCCAAGACCGAGAGACUGGUGCUUCUGGGCAACUGCAACAGUCUGCCAUUCAAAGAGUUUGCUCAGAAUUCUGCCAUUCGGUGCACAGAGUUAUUCGAGUACUGCCAGAGACUUGGAGAUAAAUUCUUCUGUAUCCCCCCCUUCCAGGUGUAUAAGUUCCUGUAUGCGUGUCGUCUGCUGGAUGCUGGGCUGGCGUCCCAGGCCUUCCACUACUGUGAGGUGAUAGGGAUGUCUUUACUCAGACUGCAGGAGCCCAGCAUGGUGCUGCUGGGGGAGCUUAUCAAGCUGGCAGAGCGUCUGAAGCAGUGUGAGGGAAUGGGACAGCUCAGUGACACAGCUGACGACAGGCCUGGACAGGAGCCUGACUGGCUACAGCAGCUGAGAUACAGACAGCAGGGCAUACAGAUGGGGAGCAGUGGUUGUAGUGAUACAUACCAGUCAGCAGCAGACGGGAGUGCAUUGGCCCAUGAGGAGAGCAGAGUGUAUUCAGAAUCAGACACCGGUGACCUUUCUGCAAGGGGAGAUGACCAGGGACUGGAUGCUAAAUUCCUCUCCUACAAAGCAGCAGAAGAGCAACAACAACAGCACGUGCAGCCACAGCAGAUCAACACCCAGCCUCCGCUGCCGGUCAUGGCUUCUAACACUCAGCCUGCAGUGUCACCUGUGGUGGGAGGCCAGGACCACAGUUACUACUACACAGACACUGCACAGCCUCCGCCUCAGCCUUCACCUCAGCAUCCUACACUGGACUGUCCUCCUUCAGCAGGGGAAGGGGCUGAUCCUUCUGCUGGCCCAGGCAUGAUAGGGGUCCAAAUAAAUGCUGGCAUGAUGCCAGUGGCAGAGUAUGGUCAGCAGUAUGGUCAGCACUAUGGCCAGGAGUAUGAUUAUGGAGAUCAGCAGGCAUGGCAGCAGGGAGGGCACCAGGCCACCAUCACGCAGGAGGGCAAGGACUCAGAGCCGGACAAAAUCCAACCAAAACAGAGCAUCAAGUCAGGGUGGUUUAGCGGCUGGUUCAAACACAAACCCAAAGAGGAGCAAAGUGAGGCGUCUCAGGAUGCAGACUCAGCUGACCCAGUUCCCACUAUGGAGACGCCUCCCACUUCCCUAUUUGCUUUCCCUUCCACUACCAACAUCCCUGCAACCAAUUUUCCUACCCAGCCUGCAUCUACUGGUAUCAACGCCUUUUCUCGGAAAGCGGAUUUUUAAUUCCCCACUCCAGAGCGAUGGUGGAUGUUUUUGUGGGAUACUUGUAGUGCUCCCGAUAUAUUGUUUCCUGUCGGGCUGCUCUUGAACCAGACAUAUUCAUGCUGAAUGACAACUGUAUGCUUGUCUUGGCUAACAUGAAAUGAGGAAUUUUGACUGGUGCUUCUUUUGUAAUGAAAUACCCAACAUGCUCUGCCAUAUAGUGAUAGUGCUUCCAUUGAUAGUGUUAGUGCUUCGAGUGUUAGUGCCAUUGAGUGAUUGUCUGAACUUUGGUCUGCUGUAGAAUCCUUUCAGUAGUUUUUAAACAACAGAAUGAGUACAACAGAGAAAUACAAAUGGUUUAUAACAAUGCUUUUUUGUGAAUAUAUUUUUCUCAAUCAGAAAACAGUGCUCAUGUGCUAUUUGACCUGAAUACUAUUGUAUAUGAGACAUAACCUUGAUUUCUAUGAGUAUCCCUCCCUUUUAUCAUUAUCUAAACUAUAGAUGAAUAUGGUUAACUUGUUUAAACUAUGGUUUAUAAUUGUCAUAUUAUUCACAAACAAGUUGUAUACAACUUGUUGCUAAAUCAUUGCUGCCCUUUGAGCUUUGAAUCUGGAGCAAAGUAUGCAUUUCAACCAUUGCACUACCCUGCAUAACCCUGACAAACUCUGCAACACA